GCUCUGCGUGCGCCUGCGCACCUGCGGGCCCCCGGCACCUAGUGCCUGCGCGGCCGCCGCCUGGUUCCCGUUCGCCGCAGGUCGCCGGCGCCCCGCCCUCGGAGCUCAAGCCGCUAGGACACGGGGGGGGAAGCUCUGCUGUCAGCACUCAACGAAGCUGGUGGUCUGGGGCGGCCGCGCGUGACUGCCCUCGGCCCCCCAGCCAUUAGCCUGGGAGGCGCAUCUGUGGACGCAGCGACCAAGGUGUGCUGUGGAGGGGAGACGCUCCGGGGCGUCUCCUCUUCGCGGCCAGUCCAGCUCCGCGUUGGAUGCCACAGAGGGGUACCGCUUGGCUCUCGGAUGUUGGCAGUGGCUCCUGAGUGUCAUGCUGUAAGUGGCAGAGCCACUGUGGGAACCCCUGGUGUGCCGCUCCACACCCCAUUCCUUCCCCAGGAGCCGUAAACACCUGUGAGCUUGGCGGUGAGCUGCGCUGGGCCAGCAAACGACCGGCAACUCUGAGAGCGUUCAGAUUCCCAGCUCACAGGCUGCGUGGCCCCCUGUGGCUCUCAGUAGGGGCCAGGGCCUCUAGGAUUCUGUGAGCUUAACGCUGGCAGUGUACCUGCAGACACUGGUGCUAGAUGGUACAGGGUGCCUACCGGUGGGCCCCGGGCCAAGGCUGUGAUUGGCUUAGCUGGACAAUGCCACUGUGAUGUCAGCCCACUCCUGCUGUGAAAUGGAGGCUCCUGAGCCCUGGAGGUCAGUGGAGCUGCCGUCCAGACACAGAUCAUGAGUGGCGGAUAUGACCUCAACCUCUUCACCAGCCCUCCUGACUGCACCUUGCUGUGCUCCGUAUGCCACGGGGUUCUCAAGAGGCCAGUGAGGUUGCCGUGCAGCCACAUCUUCUGCAAGAAAUGCAUACUCCGGUGGCUAGCCAGACAAAAGACCUGUCCGUGCUGCAGGAAGGAAGUGAAACAGAAAAAGAUAGUCCAUGUAAAUAAACUCCGGAGGACCAUCGGCCACUUGGAAGUCAAGUGCAAGAACGCGGACGCUGGCUGCUUGGUGACGAGCCCCCUGGCCCAUCGCAGGGGGCACCAGGACUCCUGCCCUUUCGAGCUGAUGGCCUGUCCCAACCAGGGCUGCCCUGCACGGGUGCUGCGUGGGGCCCUGGCUGAGCACCGGCGGCGAUGCCCACACGGGGCGCGGCAGCACUGCCCGCUGGGCUGCGGGGCCACCCUGGGCCCAGUGGAGCGCGCCCGCCACAACUGCUACCGGGAGCUGCGCGAGGCCUGGAGCCAGCGGCGCGAGCGCGGCCGGGGCCUGGUGCGGGGCCUGCUGCGGCGCGUGCGCAAGGUGCACCGCGCCACCAGCUUCCUCCGCAGGCAGCUGGCCCAGCUCGGGGACUUCCUGCGGGAGGACGAAGCGCUGAUCGUGGCCGCCCCUCCAGAGGAGCCCGAGGCCACCCCAGAAGGUGGCACUGGGGCCGAGGUGGGGAGGGACCAGGGCCUAGAUACCUUGUAAUUGGAGGCGUAAAUAAACCGCAGCCCAGGCCUGUGCCCC